AUGUCUAAGUUACCAUCUACCACUCAAACCCUAGUUGCGCCAAGGAAAUGUCUCCCAGCCGAGUAUACAGUCGUGGAACAACACAUGCCGAGCAUCACAAAGCCUGACCAAGUCCUACUCAAAAUGGGAGCAGUUUGUAUCAAUACUGAGGACACAAGGUUUCCUUCCGGACAGUUUCGCAUCCUUAUUGGUGAUCGGCUGAAGUUCCCUUUUCCGCUCGGCAUGGAAGGAUCUGGAACAGUGAUCGCUGUCGGCUCAGAGGUCACUGACUUUCAAGUCGGCGAUAAGGUCUAUGGCGCCGAGUAUGAAAAGCCUAUCCUUACUCGACCACCCGCGGGUUGGUGUUCAGAGUACGUCGUCACAGAGGCAAAGUUUCUUCACAAGAAACCCGACCAUAUCUCCUUUGAGGAAGCUGCUGCACUUCCAGCUUUGACAGUGGUUGCAUAUCAGACCAUCAAACGCGGUCUUCAACACCAAGGGCGAGAUGACCUCGCUGGUCAGACAGUGUACAUACCCGCUGCUCUUAGCGGAACUGGCUCCUUGAUGAUCCAAGUCGCAAAGAAUUACUUUGGUGCCGACAAGAUUAUUUCAACAGUAUCCACGCCCAAGAUGGCUCUUAUAGAGGAAUAUCUCCCUGGGCUGGUCAACCAACUCUACGACUACAAAACCCAAAAUGUAGUCAACAUGGUUGGUCCAGGCACAGUUGACUUUGCAAUAAGCACUCAGUUCUCCACACUAGAUGAGUGCAUAUCUGUCCUCAAGCCAGAUGGUAUCCUCAUGAGUAUCGCCAGUGUACCCAAGAGUGGAGUUAUGCUUGAGAUGCUGGGUCCGAAACACUUCCCGGGCUGGCUUGGAUGGAUUUUAGAUACGUUUCAGUGGUGGUAUACUUGGAAGCUACGGGGUACAAACAUCAAGUAUGAGUUUCUGUCUGGGAAUCCAGGGAUUAUGGAGGACAUGAAGGUUGUUGAGGGCAUGAUUAAGGAUGGCAAGGUCAGAGGGAUCUUUACGGCUGUUGAUUUUGGAAAUUUGGGGGAUGUGAAGAGGGCUUGUGAUAAAGUUCUUAACCUCAAGGGUGAUUUGGGCAAGUUGGUGAUCCGGAUGUAA